UUGUUCUGGUCAAACAUCACAGUUACCAAACAUUUUGUGGGACUGUUUACAUUCCAGAAGAAUCUAAAAGUCAGACCAUGCAAGGGGGUCUACAAAGCACUGUAAGAGUCUGUAGGAGUGUGAGAGAUAACGAUUUGUUUUGAACUUGGAAAUCAGCGCACGGGGUGGCUGAAAGAAUGAACAGGAAGCAGGAAACUUCAACAAGAAUGAAGAACUUGGAGGCCCACGGCCCUCGGGACCUUCUAAAAGCAUGCAAGUCACUGAUUGUUCAAAGUCACUCCUCCAGAAGUUUGUUUUUCUUGUCCUUGUAUUGUGAUAUGUACCAAUACAUUAUUACUAAAAUCAUACUAGUAGGCAAUAUUCAUAUUACUGCAGUAUUUUCAUAUAUUAUUUGCAGUUUUGGUUUAACUAUGUCUGUAUAUCUUAACAAGACAUGUCAGGGUUUGUCAUAUUGUCAUAGUUAAUACAUUCUUACUAUUAUCACACCAGUAGCCACUACUAAUUUUACUGCAGUGUUUUCCAUUGGUUUAAAUAUGUCAGUAUAUCCUAAUGCAGAAAUUAUCAUAGUUUACAGUGGAGAACUCAAGAAUCCACCCAAGGAAAAGAGAGUCAUUAAUUAAUCCAUGUUUUUGGGAUGUGGCCUAGCAUUCCUGGAUAAAAAUAGGUUAACUUGUGUUUUUAAUGUUACUAACAUGUUACGACAGGUUUGGUGUGUUCCAGUGAACAUGGACUGUGGUUGGAGGCAUUUGAGUAUUGUAUGUUUUGGGCUGGUCAACGUGUUCCAAGGAGGGGCAGGACUUAACACACAUGCAACUGGGGACAUCAGCUGUGCAAGAGCAGAGCAAGAGAAAAGAGCGUCUAAAUAAUAUUUACAGAGGAAGAGCCCAAAAAGACAGGAGGACAAGGACAACACUUAAUUCAUCAUGGAAGGAUCUGUUUUACCUUCGACAGUGAGUCGGGCAGAGCUGAUCGAUUUUGAAGGCAUCUCUAUGGUCCAUUACUUCACUGACAACUGGGAGAACAUUCAGAACUUCCAGGCAAGACCAGAGGACAUCCUCAUCGCCACCUAUCCCAAAGCAGGGACCACCUGGGUAUCUAAUACUUUAGAUCUGCUCUACUUUGGCAAGACAGAUCAAGAGCGUCAGUCCUCAUUGCCCAUCUACCUUCGAGUACCUUUUCUUGAAAUGGCCUUCCCUGGGAUGCCUUUAGGGGUGGAGCUGGCAGACAAGUUGCCCACCACUCCACGCCUCAUCAAAACCCAUCUCCCCGUUCAGCUGGUGCCCAAAUCCUUCUGGGAACAGAACUGCAGGGUUGUCUAUGUAGCUCGCAAUGCUAAAGACACCGCUGUGUCUUUUUUUCACUUUGACCGGAUGAACAUGUCACAGCCCGAUCCAGGAGACUGGAACACGUUCCUAAUGAAAUUCAUGGAUGGAAAGAUGGUGUUUGGUCCUUGGUACGAUCAUGUGUGUGGAUACUGGGAGAAGAAGCAGACGUACUCAAACAUGCACUACAUGUUCUUUGAGCAGAUGGCGAAGGACACUGGGCGUGAAGUGGCGCAUCUGUGCUCAUUCCUUGGUUUAUCUACACCAGUGGAAGAGAGGGAAAGGAUUACAGAAGCCGUUCACUUUGAUGUGAUGAAGCAGAACAAUAUGACCAACUUCACUGGCGUGUCAUUCCUGGACUUUAAGAUUUCACCAUUUAUGCGCAAAGGGAAAGUUGGGGACUGGAAGACUCACUUCACUGUUGCUCAGAAUGAGCAGUUUGAUGAACACUACAGACAGAAGAUGAAGAGCACCACCCUCCAGUUUCAAACAGAGAUUUAAGACAUUGCGUCUUUGAUGUUGACUAGGUUUAUAAAACGCAUCUGUUUGUCUCUAUGUAUUGUUUUCUUUAUAUGCAUUUGUGCUGUUACUUCGUUUAGAUCAGGGGUAUCCGGUCUAGGACAAGUCUGGGGAUCUUACCCAUCCAGCUAUAUGUUAUACAAUGGUAUUAAAGAAUCAGGAAUAUAAUCAUUACAGGAGUGUUAUUAAAGUUCAUAUACAUGCAUUAAUCAUAGUGUACCAAUUAUUAAAAAUUGUUAGAUGUUUUCUGUGACUUAAGUUUAUCUUUACGGUGUCUCUUGCCGAACUAAUCUAAGUCAAAGCAGAUGUCCAUGGUCUCUCUAUCAAGGGAAUGGGAGAACAUCCCGUACAAUUAGGCUCCAAGAAGUCUGCACAUCACACACAUACAUACCCACACCUACAUGUCACCACACACAGACAUACUCGCAUACACAGGUACACCUUUCACCUCAAUUGACCACAUUUCAUCUUUAGCUUUAGGUAGUAUGAAGAUUGGUGUUCCCUGGGGUAUUCCAUGAACAUUCAUUUUAGAUCCUGUGUUCCCAGGUUCCUGGGGGUAUUCCCUGGACACUGGUUUAGAAUCAUAUGCUCAUGUAUUACAAUGUAUGUUUUCUAAGGGGAGUAAAACUAAGGGUGCGCAGUCAGUGUCGCAUGGCUGUGUAGGCCACGGCAAUGAGUGCUUGUCUUGUGCGAAUGCUGAUUGGGCCAAGAAGCCACUUCAGAUACGCCGGCGUGCUAUAAAUUCCUAUGGUGGAAACUUAGGUUAGUUUGGGCUGGAGGAUGGAUUGUUGAGACGUUGAGAGAGAAGCCUUAACUCACUGUCUUGGCCUAGAAGGGAGAAAGAGCGCAGUCCACACUCAGUUAUACUGGGGUGAUUGGCUUGAGAGCCAUUAAAGAGCCCAUUUCAUUUAUUCUCUUUUACCUUUGUUAAACUUUUUCAUAUUCAGCAUGAUUUUUGUCUUGAUUUAUAUUUUUCAUAUCUUUCUUCAUUAUCAUAAAAUUGUUUUGUCCAGCAGUUUCAUCCAAUAAACUGGCAAAACUACUUUUGGACUUGUUGUUUUUACACCACAAAGGACAAUUUUCCACUUUUCACAAUCUUACAAUGAGAAAAGAAGUAAAACCAGCAAGGUGGCUGAACAAGCGACCA